AAGAAACACAUGAUAUAAAAAAUGGUGAAUGCAAUAAAAAUACCUAUAAGAGGGUGCAACAUGUCUGUGGUAUUACUUGGUAUGUUCUCCAAUCUUAAGAACCACAAAAAUGGAGGAGAGUGGUAUGGAAUAAAAUCAAGCCACCCUAUGAAGAAAAGAACCUCGAACCACUCACGCCAUCCGUGAAGGAAGGAACAAUUGACAAAGUUGUUUGGUGAUACCUUUUGUGGAGAAGUAUGCAUGGCUUUGUAAUAUUAUUUGCUUUCACCUGAAGAACUAAUGUUCUUUGCGCAAAGCAUCAUUAGAAGACAACUACAAGGAAAGUAUUUAACAAGAUAAACCCUUAAGGCUUAUAAAUAUUGAUGUUGAUAUUCUAAGCUGGACACAACAACAACCUGCCUCUCAUCACUUUCAUCAUCCCACAAACACAUAUAGUAUUCCUGAAAGAAAGACAAAAAAAAUGGCUGAAGGAGCUCUCUUCGACCUUGCCAAGAAAGUCCUUGAAGUGGUGGGUUCCUUAGCUCUCCAAGAGAUCAAGUUGGCCCAUGGUGUCAAAGCUGAGCUUGAAAAUCUAAAGAGCACAGUUUCCACAAUCAAAGAUGUACUUCUUGAUGCUGAAAAGAAGGCUGGUGAUAGUGUUGCGGUCAAAGGUUGGCUCGAAAAGCUUAAAGAUGUCCUCCAUGAUGCAGAUGACGUGCUGGAUGAUUUCUCCACUGAAGCUUUGCAACACAAAAUGAUGGCUGGAAAUAAGAUGACUAAGGAGGUACGCAUUUUCUUUUCAAGUUCAAACCAGCUUGCUUUUAGUCUUAAGAUGGGUCAUAGGAUAAAGGCAACUAGGAAGAGACUAGAUGUCAUUACAAAUGAAAUGAUGAAGUUCUCCUUUAUAAAAGGCUCCAUCGAGCCACAAGUCAAGAAUAGGGAUAGGGAAACUUAUUCUUUUGUACCUAAAGAUGAAGUAAUUGGGAGAGAGGAUGAUAAACAAGAAAUUAUAAAAUUUCUUUUGCAUACCAAUGUUGAAGAUAAUGUUUCAAUUAUUCCAAUAGUUGGAAUUGGAGGCCUAGGGAAAACUACACUAGCUCAACUCAUUUACAAUGAUGAAAAUGUCAAAACACAUUUUGAGCCGAAGUUGUGGAUUUGUGUAUCUGAUAACUUUGAUGUAAAACAAAUUGUUAAACAAAUUUUAGAAUCUUUAAAAUUAAAAGAAGAGAGCCAUGAAGAAAACCUUGACAAUUUACAAAACCACCUCCGAGAAAAACUUAAUGGAAAAAAAUACUUCCUUGUCCUGGACGAUGUCUGGAAUGAGGACAGAGAUAAAUGGCUCCUCUUGAAAAAUUUAUUAGUAGGUGGUGCAAGGGGAAGUAGGAUACUGAUAACCACACGUUCUGAAAAUGUAGCAAAGAUAACUGCCACAAAUUCGUGGUAUUCUCUAAAAGGUCUGCCUAGAGAAAAGGCUUGGAGUUUGUUUGUAAAAAUGGCAUUUGAACACGGUCAAGAACCAACAAAAAAAUUCUCAGAAAUAGGAAAUAAGAUUGUUGAAAAGUGUGAUGGAUUACCUCUUGCUAUAAGAACAAUAGGAAGCCUAUUGUAUCUCAAAACUUCUGAGAUUGAGUGGCAAUCAUUCUUAGAUAAUGAACUCUUAAAAAUAGGUCAACAAGAAAAUAAGGUCUCAUCAACUCUUAAGUUGAGUUAUGAUCAUCUUCCACCACACUUGAAGCAAUGUUUUGCUUAUUGUCGAUUGUUUCCAAAAGAUGAUAGGAUUGAUGUAUACACACUUAUUAAUCUUUGGGCAGCACAAGGAUUUAUUGUUUUAGUAGGUCCAAAGCAGCGUUUUGAGGAUGUUGGUAAAAAAUAUUUUAUGGAAUUACUUUGGAGGUCAUUUUUCCAAGAUGUAGAAAAUGAUAAAUGGGGCAAUAUAAAAUCGUGUAAAAUGCACGAUCUCAUGCAUGAUCUUGCAAGUCUUGUGUCUGGAACGGAAAGUGCCAUAUUAAAUUCAAGUGGGGAAAAUGAUAUUGAAAAAGUUCGUCAUGUAUCAUUUAAUUUUAUGGAUUCACCAAUGCAAUUUUCAACCCCCAUGCCUAAUGGAAGGAAGAUACACACAGUUCUAGUAUUUCAUUUAUGGUGGAAUUUGAAUAAUUUAAAUUGUGAUGCAUUAAUUUCAAAUUGUAAGUAUCUACGUGCAUUGGAUUUGAGUAAUCUACUAUUACUUGUAGUGCCACAUUCAAUUGGAAAAUUGAAGCAUUUAAGAUACCUUAAUCUUUCUAGAAAUAGAAUUGAAAUUCUCCCUGAUUCCAUUACUAAGAUGCUGAAUUUGCAAACACUGAUACUACAAUAUUGUCGAUGGCUUAGAGAAUUACCCAAGGGCAUUAAAAAGUUGGUCAAUCUCAGGUUUCUAGAUAUUACAGAUUGCAGCUACGAAUUGACUAAUAUGCCCCUUGAAAUCGAACACCUUACUUAUCUUGAGACAAUACUACCAAGAGUUGUUGUGAGAAUGGAAGGUUCCAGGGGCCAAGUGAAAAAAGGCCAUUGUGGUUCGUAUAAGGAAAAAAAGGCCGAGUCCAAUGGUGGGCUAAGUCAAUUGAAGUUACUACACAACUUGGGGGGAGAAUUAAGAAUUGAAAAUCUAGGACAUGGAAAAGAUGAGGUGCGGGAAUGUAAAGAUGCAAAUUUAAAGGAUAAACAACAUCUUCAAGAGCUGAAAUUACUGUGGGAUCGACUGCCGGAUGAUGGAGAAACUGAAUGUUAUGAUGAGAUGUCACUGGAAGGGCUCCAGCCACAUCCAAAUCUUAAAGCGUUGGAAUUGUGGAAUUAUAUGGGUGUGAGAAUUCCAAGUUGGGUCUCUUCUCUCACUAAUCUUGUAAAAUUUGAAUUAGAACGAAGUGAGAGAUUGCAGCACCUCCCACCGUUAAAUCAACUCCCUUUCCUCAAGUCUUUCUCUGUUGUGGGAAUGGAAGCACUUGAAUACAUUUCAGAUGAAGACAGUGUUAGUAACGUGUUGGGUGCUUCCUCUUCUUCUUCUUCUUCUUCAAAAACACCAUUCUUCCCAUCCUUAUCUUCUCUAGAAAUACGGUUUUGCCCAAAACUGAAGGGAUGGUGGAGGAAUUCAGAUGAUAAUGAGCCACACCAUCUCUUACUUCCAUCAUUUCCUCCUUCUCUUUCGACAUUAGAGAUUACAUUUUUCCCUAACCUGACUUCCAUGCCCCUGAUUCCCCCCUCUUUGAAAAAUCCAAUUAUUCUUGGUUGUCCCCUCUUACGGCUACACGAAGGAAACAGUGAAGAUUGUCCCAAAUAAUCCAACAAGAAAAAACAAUUUAUUCAGAACAAAUUAAGGACAAACCUGGCUUACCUUGUUCAAAACUUUAUGCCCCAGAAAUUAUGCCAAGUACAGUUUUGGACUCAAUGAAUCGUAGCAGCUUUGGUAGAAUUUUGAAGGGAGGAACAUGACCAAGCAACAAUAACUCAACGGGGAAUCAGCUUACUAUAAAGUGGUUGGUAAUUUGGCACUUUCUCUCUCUUCUAAAGCCGUGGCCCUUGGUUUUGAAUUUGGCCGUGGAGUCCUAUGUGAACAUGAGGCAGCAAACAUGAGUAUAGGAGGGAAAGAGUUGAAUCUGAUGGUGUCUUUAACUACUUCAGAACAAAUUAAGGCAACAACUAACUUGGCGCAAAAUUUGGACUCUAUUCAAAACUUUCUGGCCCUGAAAUUGUGCAACAAGUCAUGGACUCAAUGGUUAUCAUCUAUUUGCUUUAUAUUAUUUGGGAAAUUUCUUUCUGUUUUGUUUCCCUUUUGUAUGUGCAAAGGACUGUUGCUACUUAUAUGAUCUCAUCACAUAAACAGAGAAGAAAGGAUAACAUCUAUAUCGUUGUACGUAAAACUUCUUUGAUGUCAUGAGGUGAUGUUCUUUGUUUCAUUUCUAACAAUUGUAGAAAUGGAGAAAAUCUUUUGACACUUUAAGGGAGUAUCUACCCUACCAACUAAGACUGCAGGAAUUAACUUAUUAUAAUGUAUUCAGUUUGGUCAAGUUCUUUCCUUUAUAUUAUAAGCUUUUGACAUGUUCUUGUAUUUGCUAAAUAUUGAUUUACACAUGGUCAUUUGGGUAAUUAGUAAUAGUAACUAACUAAUGACUUAUGUAGUUUAUGUGGUGAGAUAAUAAGGCCGAAUAAUAUCUUCUUUUCCCAAAUGUUUUUGGAGAAUUUGUUUUUUGUCAAAAGCAUAAAAUGAGAUCGAGUCCAAUAGGUUUAUUUAGUCUAGCGUGCCUAUACAUGCUCACAAAUCCUACAGUAUAUGUAACAAAACAAUUCUCCAUCAUUCCAUUUCUUAUCUCUUUAUUUGAAAAAAUAUAAAAUUUCCAAUUAUAUUCUGGACAUGUUCUAAAAUUCCAGAUAAAACCUUGGUAAUCUGUCAACUUUGUUACUUUUUUUUUUAUUUUUUUUUUCCUACUUUUAUAAGCCAAGUCACUUAAAAAACUUUUUUCCCUAGUGGUUUAAUCUUUUGGAUCUUGUGGCACCUGCCACUGCUACAGCCUCUACCUCAUCUCCAAAUAUAUCAAGGUGAAAUAUUCUUAUCAUUUUUAUUGUGCCUUAGCUUCUUAUUGUUGUCCUCCCAAAAAAAGAAGUUCUUUCUUUGGUAAAUUCAAUAAUUGUUUUUGUUGUUCUUGUGCUGAAAAUGUUUUAUUUUUGCAGAUACUUCAUAACUUCCAUUAUUGUAUGAAUGAAAACGGAGCAUCCAAUUACCUUGUAGGAAUUAGCUUGUUAUUCCAGUUGGGAUGAAGGUCACUUCAACAAUUUCUUUGAAGUAAGUGCAAAGUGUGAAGUUGAUCCUAUCUUUGUGUACUAUAGAGAGUAAAGAAAAGGGAGAAUUUUGGUUGAAUUCCACUUUGAGGAUUAUUAAUCAAGGAAGAAUUGGUGAUUGAAGCUUUGUCCUAUUGUAUUCUCUCUAGAAGCAAGUUUUGAGAAGCCUUCAAAAAAGGUAAAUUUGAGUUCAAAUAAAAGCUGUUAUGCAACUUUACAUAUUUCUCACAACAAUUGAAGUUAAAUCCAACUAAUUCUUGCCACUUUAAGUGUGAAUGUAUGCCUUCCAAAUCUUGUCAAUAGUUCACUCCUUUUACCUCUUGCCAGUUUCAAUUUCAGCUCCCAAUGUUACACUCAUCCUUUGCCCAUAUGUUUGCUGGAGUUCUCUUGGAUUUUUUUGGCCCAACUUAAUUCGGUAAGAUACUUGGAGCCUCUGUUCUCAUUUUGCAGACUAAUUGUUUCAAUGUUGGAUAGCUGUUCUUUUGGGUUAUUAGAGUGCAAAAUAGAGAUGGCGGUUCCAUUGAGCACACAACUUGUCUCAGCUCCUUUUCCAUGAGAGGGAUAUCAGCCAUUAUAUGGUUGUGAAGUUAACCAUUGGAGGGUCAUCAAAAGGGGAUUAGUCAACAUUAAUACAGAGCAAAUUUUGUAUUAAGUCUAGAAUUUGACCUAUUACAAGGAAGAUGGUUAAGAUCACUCAUGAUAAUGUGGAUUGGUCAUUUGUCCUUCUUUGGAAAAGUAUUAGUCAUCUUCAACAGUAGCGCCAGAGAAUGAGAACAGUUGAACAGAUUCAUUCAUUUCAUCAGGAAUGCUGAUUUUGCAAUUCUCAACUUGUUUAAUGUUGCUGUUGGUUAGACUAUCAAAUAUUUCAUUUCUUUUUCAAAUUGUAUGAUUUGGGUGGCCAGCUUUGUUCUGCACUUUCGUGUGAACCAGUUUAUCGGGCUGUUCUUUGCUACCUGGAUUUGAUUAUAGCUAGGCUGCUCUCCAUAGUCCAUACUUGUAUGUCAAUUUAUGUUUUGUAUUAUUAUUUUUAUAUGGUGAAGGAAUAUUCCAGAAAGAUUUUUUUUUUUUUUAAUAAUAAAAAUUCAGAUUUAUACAA